GCUGAAAGAAUACUAGUGCGUCCUUCUUUAUACCGCCCACCCUCAAUAUGACUGCAGUAAUCCCGACAAGUUCGUUUCAGGUUAUUUACUGAUAUGCAGCAGUAUUUGUAGGAUAUAUGAAGCUGUGUCAGAUUGUCGUCUCAAAAUUCGUGUACCGGUAUGUUCCUUGUCGACCACGGAGAUAAUUGCGAAUUUGCGACGGAUUACGAGGACCGACCCUUUUCUCAAACCGCGGUUCCGUAUUGACUGAGCACUAUGCAUUCAACUUUCUGAAAAACAUUGGGCCUUGGCUAUCUGUAGCCUCUUUGCCAACAGCAACAAUGUAUCAUGUUAUAAAAGGACUUGUUCUAACAGAAUCCCGAUGCUGGGAUCCCGAUAGUGAAAGGUCAUACCAAGACCUAUUCGAUAAACUGGACACCAACAAGGAUGGGAAGGUCGAUGUUGCCGAAUUGAGAGCGGGCCUAACCGCAAUGGGCAUAUCAUUCCGCAAAGGUGCAGCGCAGACAAUUGUAUCGUCUGGUGACAAAAACAAAGAUGGAGGGCUUGACUUCAAUGAGUUCAACAAAUAUCUGAAAGAACACGAGAAGAAACUGCGCCUGACGUUCAAGAGCUUGGACAAAAACAACGAUGGGCACAUCGAUGCCUCUGAGAUCAAGCAGUCCCUUGAAGAGCUGGGCAUGGACAUAACCAAGGAAGAGGCCCAGACGAUCCUACAAAGCAUGGACAUCGAUGGCACCAUGAUGGUGGACUGGAACGAGUGGAGGGAUCACUUCCUGUUCAAUCCUGCCCAUAACCUGAAUGAAAUCAUACGCUACUGGAAACACUCCUCGGUGCUGGACAUAGGUGAGAGCAUUGCCAUCCCUGAUGAGUUCACAGAGGAGGAGAAGACCUCGGGUGGCUGGUGGAAACAGCUUGCUGCCGGGGCGAUGGCUGGGGCAGUCUCUCGCACAGGCACCGCCCCAUUGGACAGGGUGAAAGUCUUCAUGCAGGUCCACUCCUCCAUGUCCAACCGGAUCACCCUGUUGGGAGGAUUCAAGCAGAUGAUUAAGGAAGGGGGCGUGGCCUCAUUAUGGCGAGGGAACGGGGUCAACGUGCUAAAAAUAGCCCCUGAGACUGCUAUCAAAUUCAUGGCCUACGAACAGUAUAAGAAGCUGCUGACACCAGAGGGAGGGAAGGUCCAGACCCACCAGAGGUUCAUGGCUGGCUCUCUGGCAGGAGCCACCGCCCAGUCAUCCAUCUACCCCAUGGAGGUCAUGAAGACCAGACUGACUCUGGGGAAAACUGGCCAGUAUAAUGGAAUGUUUGACUGUGCCAAGAAGAUUCUGAGGAAAGAGGGCAUCAAAGCCUUCUAUAAAGGCUACACUCCCAACAUGAUAGGCAUCAUUCCCUAUGCUGGCAUCGACCUUGCUGUUUACGAGAGCCUGAAGAAUGCAUGGCUGUCCCGCUAUGCCAAAGACACAGCCAACCCUGGCAUCUUGGUGCUGUUGGGCUGUGGCACCAUCUCCAGCACCUGUGGCCAGCUGGCCAGCUACCCCCUCGCCCUGCUUCGCACACGCAUGCAGGCACAAGCAACUCUGGAAGCGUCGGACAAGUCCACCAUGACUGGACUGAUAAAGGGGAUCAUGGCUAACGAGGGUUUCUUUGGACUGUACCGGGGUAUCCUGCCUAACUUCAUGAAAGUGAUUCCUGCUGUGAGCAUCAGCUAUGUGGUCUACGAGUACAUGAAAACCGGCCUGGGGAUCUCCAAAUGAUGCAGGGACAGUCAGACAGGAUGUUAAGUCUUUAGGUCUUUUGGACAGUUUAGUUGGAACUUAGUGAUCUGCACAGACUUUUAUGAUCUCACGUAGACAACCAAACGUUGCCAUCUUGUGAUCACUCUGUGUACUGAGCGUUACGAGGAGAACCAUGAAAUCGAGGUUGGGUCUGAGAUAGGCCAGUAGACUCUCCAAAAAUGAUGCUCUCCUCUUUAACUCAAGGUGAAAUUCCAAUAUGGUACAAUAUACCUGUUAAGAACUGCAUUAUGGAUCUUAAAACAGAGAGGGUGAGAGGACGAGGUAUUGAUGUCUUCAGGUGAACACUGUGGACGAGGUUCAAGAGCUUUGUCAAAACUAUUUUUGUUCCACUGUAAUAUUAAACGCUCCAUGCGCACAUUUUAGAGAA